UUUGAUUUGGGUUUAAAGUGAUGCUCUUGAAUGUACAGUGAGCUGGUUGAAAGAGUUGCUGUGUUAUGAAAACAGUGUGCAUACAGUUUCAGACAUCAGUUCACACUUUCUAAUAACCUGCCUUUUUAUUUGCUUAAUUCAAAGCCUGAAAAACCCAGGCACAAAAGCCUGAAAAACCCAGGCACGAAGGCCUGAAACCCAGGCACAAAAGCCUGAAAAACCCAGGCACGAAGCCUACUUCAUGCGGCGAUCAACCCAGGGUCCGAUUCUCAGCUGGGUGGGAAGAAAUCAGUCCUACUCAAUGUGAGUGAUAGCAGAAAUCUUCUUCUUUAUUGAGAGCAGGCUCUAACUUAUAUCCAGCAGCUUCAAAGCUAGCUCAGCAACAGCAGCUAAUAGAUUACAUUCUUAUGUUCAUCCUACUUGCGGUUUCUGCGAUAAGCAAGCUCCCUCACAUUUUCCCAUCUUGUUUUUCCCCCGUAGUUGUUUUCCACCUUGAGCUGUUAGCUCGUUAGCUGAAAACAGCCCGACCUUGAGGGAGCAGAAAGCGGCCUGCUGUCUGCACUGACUACGUGACAGCAACUGCUUUAACCAUGGCUCUGACUCUGGCCUUGAUUGUGCAUUAAAUUCAUAUAACUAGAACUCAGAUUGCCUUGCCCCGUCGGGCCUAACAUUAUACCCUGGGGUCCAUGUCCAUUCUACCUUAACCACACCUCAACACAUCAUCCCUUUGGAGGAAAGCUGGGCCAUGAGGAGCAAGGCCAUUGUCUGCCAGAAGCCAGCCUGCACAGGGCUUGAAAGGUCAUCUGAGGCACACAAAAAGACAACAGACAAAACUUCAUCUCAUAUGGGACUUUGGGUUGUGGAGUCUCCUUCUGGGAAGUCUUCAAAACCCACCUGGAUGUGUUCCCGUGUUACCUGAUCUAAGAGGACCUGCUUUAGCAGGGGGUUGUACUAGAUGAUCUCUAAAGGUCCCUUUCAGCCCCCACCAUUCUAUGAUUCUAUGAUUUUAGGGAAGGAAAGAGCAAACAAAAACCGUCAACUACUUCCAUCCUCUUAGCAAAGCCCAUUACAAAACUAAUUGUAUGAAGAAGGCAGAGCACAGUCAAUGUCUCUCAGUAACUUGAUGUCAAGUUUUCCCCUAGAUGAUGUCAUCCAGUAGAACUGAAAGGUCCUUCCAAGCAGUCAGUGCAGGGGAGGCUGCCUGUGACAUCACAGUGGCCAGUGCUGGGGUGCUCACCUGCACCAGCACCCAGGCAGUCAGUAGUGCAGGGGCGUUAACAUCUGCCACAACAUGCAGCACACACCAUCUCCAACCAAGGCAGCUGCCCACAGCUCUGCCUCCAGGGAUGAUGCUGCUGUGCUUGCAAAGAAAGGCUACAGACUGAAGAAGACGCUAGGAGAAGGCUCUUAUGGCAAAGUGAAAUCCGCUUACUCGGAGCGGCUGAAACGUGAUGUGGCUGUCAAGAUAAUCGACAAGAAAAAACUGACUCAGGACAACCUUGAAAGAUUUCUCCCCAGGGAAGUAGAGGCCUUGAAAUGUCUGCACCACCCCUCAAUCAUCGAAGUCUUUGAUAUUUUUGAGACAUCGGGUGGGAAAGUGUAUAUUGUGAUGGAGCUGGGGGAAAAGGGAGACCUGCUGGACUACAUCCAGACCACAGGAGCUAUGGAAGAGGACACGGCUUGCAGCAAGUUCCAGCAGUUGGCAUCUGCCAUCAAGUACUGCCAUGACUUGGACCUUGCUCACAGGGAUCUCAAAUGCGAGAACAUCCUUCUUGAUGCAGGUUUCAACAUUAAGCUGUCAGACUUUGGCUACUCCAAAUUCUUGUCCCGGGACGCAAACAGAAGGAUCAUUCUCAGCAAAACCUUCUGUGGGUCUUCUGCGUACGCAGCCCCUGAGGUGCUGGAGGGCAUUCCCUAUGACCCCAGGAUUUCUGACAUGUGGAGUCUGGGUGUCAUCUUGUAUUCAAUGCUCUUUGCUUUAAUGCCAUUUGAUGAUUCCAAUAUCAAGGAAAUGGUUCGUGCUCAGAAACGACACAAGAUUCACUUCUCCAAGUCAAAACAUUUGACUAAGGAGAGCAAGAACCUCAUUUACCGCCUGCUCCACCCCAGUGUGUCUCACAGGUUGGGCAUAGAUGAAGUUUUAGAACACCCAUGGUUGCAGGCUCCAAAAUCCACGAUCCCUUCACCUUUGCCAGAGGCAGAAGAGGGGGAGUGUUCCCAAAGCCUUGCUAAAAGAAAGCCUGAGCACAAGCAGCAAGCCAAACCCCAUUCUGCAGAAGAGGGUGAGUGUUCCCAAAGCCUCGGUAAAAGAAGGCCUGAGCACAAGCAGCAAGCUAAACCCCAUUCUGCAGAAGAGGAAGGACAGAAGGAAUUGGGACCCUCUUAAGGAUGGCUGGUUUUAGCAAUAUUCCUGAGUUAGUCUAACCUGUGAACUCUGGUGGUUCUCAGCUUCAGCUUCCCUGGGUCUUCAUCAAUAUUUCUCAUCUUUUGCUUUACAAAAUAUAGCAACGGUAGACACAGCACAUCUGCUGAGGUGAAUAAACAGCUUAACACUGUUAUUCUCAAAAGACCUGUCUCUGACAUGGUUUGUGGGGAUAAGUUACUGUCAGAACAUAUUGGUAAGUGGUUUCAGGCUUCGUGCCUGGGUUUCAGGCCUUCGUGCCUG